AUGUCGGGCCGGUUUCCCUACGCCCGCCACGUCGAGGCCGAGAACAUUUCAUCUGGGAUCAAUCUAUACGAUGAGAUGCUGAUGGAGGACAACAGCGACUAUAUCGAAGAUGACGAAGAUGACGAAGACGACGAAGCCGAAGACACCCUACUUCAAGACGCUCUAGAACGGAUGGUAGCGCAAGCAGAGGCGCGCAAUUCGUUUGGCACGCAGUACGAUGACGAUCAAGACACGGAGUAUAUUCCGUCAGACCAAGGCGGCUCGGUCUAUCAAGACCUCAUCCAAGACGCCGGCGGUCUUGAAAUUCAAAUGGCAGAGGAUGACGACGAAAGUGACUAUGACGAUGAAGACGACGAAGAAGAUGACGAAUCGCCUUUUCGACGCGGACAGAGUCUCACGAUCGAUAUUCGCGAUCUCUUGCGUGCGCAUCUGGACACAUCCAACGACGACGAGAGCAACAGGCAAGACGACAGUGAUCUUAACGCAAGAGAGUCCAUAGCGCGAGCUUUCAGCGGGAUCGGUAUCACAGGCUUACAGAGACUCAUCGCUGUUGCUAACGCUGCAGACGCAAUCGACAGAGGUGAGUUUGAGGACGAUGAUGAUGAUCAUGGCGAUGAGGAAGACGAGGACAACUGGUAUCACAUGGCCCGCUCCACACAGAUGGCCAAUUUCUGGGACCCAACGACUGAGCCAAUUCGAUCCGGUCAAGAGCUGGCGCUCGGUGGUGAAUUUGGCCGUCAACCAAAACGUCCCCUCGAUGCGGCUCCAUCUGCCUUUGCGGAAAGCAUCAAUAUGGUCGACCUCAUCCAGGAGCGCAAGUACGCUCGUCGCCGUAUUUCCAAAGCCGACAUGGCCUCGUUUGUGCCCAACACCAACGGCACCGUCGUUGCCUCGUACCCUGCACGUGUCUACUGCGGGCAGUACUCGCAAGACUCCUCCUUCUUCUACACUUGCACACAGGACUUCCGGGUGCACAUGUACGACACUACCUUGGCAGGCCCCAAGACUGUUCAGGUGUACGACGACGGGCCACGACGCGAUCGCAACAGCUGGUUCUUUAGUUCUGCAGGCGCAACACAGCACACCUCGCUCAACUUGAUCAAGAGCAUCCAAGGCAGGCAGGGCAAUUGGACCAUCACGGAUGCCAAUCUGAGCCCUGACAAUCAGUGGAUGAUUUAUUCGAGCAUCACCCCCUACGUGCAUCUUGUACCUACCAAGCAAACUCUUGAUACUGGUGGAAGAAUGUCGAGUGAUCACCAGGUCAUGCUUGAUUUCAGUAAUACAGGAGACGACGAUACUGGGAUCUGGUCGAUUCGGUUCUCUGGUGACUCACGCGAGAUUGUUGCAGGUGCACAUUUUGGCGACAUGUACGUCUACGACAUUGAGGCUCGUCGUCGUGUGCUUCGAGUCGAAAGUCACUCGGAUGAUGUCAACGCGGUCGCAUUUGCCGACGCUGCAUCCUCGAACGUGCUCAUCUCGGGCUCGGAUGAUUCGUUUGUCAAGGUGUGGGAUCGUCGUUCUCUGUCUGGCGGAAAACCAGCGGGUGUACUAAUGGGUCAUACGGAAGGUAUCACUUAUGUCUCGCCGAAAGGCGAUGGUCGGUACUGCAUCUCGAACGGCAAAGACCAGUCCUGUCGCUUGUGGGAUCUGCGCAUGAUGCACAGCUCGUCCAAAUUCAAUAACAUGACGCACCUUCACUAUGGAUUGAGAAACUGGGACUACCGCAACAUGUUGUACAGGCAACCACGCUUCCAGGCACAUCCAAAAGACUGUUCCGUUAUGACGUACCGCGGACAUGCAGUGCUCAAGACUCUGAUCCGGUGUCACUUCUCGCCGGCUGAGACGACAGGUCAAAAGUAUAUCUACAGUGGCAGUGCCGAUGGCAAAAUCCACAUUUGGAACCUUGACGGCACGGUUGCUCAGGUGCUGGAUCGAUCCAAAGUGCGACCGUUGUAUAAGGAGAAGGAUCCAGCCAAUCAGAUCCACGCAUACAGACCACCGGGAAGCGAGGAAGACGGCGAAUCGGCAGACGAUGAUCAAGAUAUAUUCAGCGGCCUUGGUCUGGCCUCGGAUCCAUCUGCACCACCUCUACCGUGGUUCAAGAGGAAGCAUCCGAUUCGACACGUGUCGAGUCACAACUCGGAAGCCAGCUUCGAAAAUCCACUGGCGAGCGCGACACGCGCAAGACCAGGAAGAGGUCACAGAGGUAGCGGCGGCGGGGCGGUGUGUACAGUACGAGACGUGAGCUGGCAUCCACAGGAACCAAGUCUCAUGUCGACCGCGUGGGAUGGCAACGAGGGCGAGUCCGGUAGCAUCGCAAAGCACGAGCUGGCAGAUUGGUCCAAGCGGCACAUGACGCUCGAAGACGUACAGGAGCAGAUGGCGCUCGAAGCUCGCGGAUGA